AUGUCGCUGAACAGUGUCUACGAUCGCGAGGAUUUGAAGAGUAUUGUGGAGCUGGGGCUAAAAGUUCGUGAGGCUUUCGUCGAGAUCGUCAAGGAAAAUCCUUGGGCUGACGGUGGAACACAGGAAAAUGUUAUUGAAAAGGUGAAAAACAUGACGAUGCACGUGGGCGACACAUUCGAUACCUGGACCAUGGGCAAUGUCGACGAUUUCUACAAGGAG